AUGACGAAGAGGAUGUGCCAACUUCCACCGAAACUGGUUGGGGAGAAAAUACUCACAAGGAUUCCGAUAACAUCCCUGAGAGCAGUGCGAUCCACUUGCAAGUUAUGGAACGAUUUAACCAAUGAUUGGGUUUUGGGUAAAGCAGCGGUGACGAGGCAGCAGUUUGUAGGGUUCAUGACGAUGGAUUCCAAGGUUUUUUCAGUUCGUUUCCAUCUCUGCCGCAAGCACAAGGACGACGAAGACGAGUUGCUUGAUCUAUCUAUAAAGCAGGUAGAUCUACUUAAUGAUCAAGUUGAGAUAUCCAAAGUCUUUCAAUGCGAUGGCUUAUUGUUAUGCGUCGCCAAGGACCACUCGAGACUCGUGGUGUGGAACCCGUACUUGGGGCAAACAAAGUGGAUUGCACCAAGAACAAGUUUGCACAGACUAGACAUCUAUGCUUUCGGAUGUGAUGACGACAAGAACAACCGUAACCACAAAAUCUUGAGGUUUGUGGAAUAUCCGAGAGAAGGCCUUCUCAAGCACGAAAUAUACGACUUGAGCUCUAACUCAUGGAGGGUUCUCGACGUCACUUCCGACUGGGAAAUACAGUUUUAUCAACGCAACGUGUCUUUGAAGGGAAAUUCUUACUUUUUUGCUCAAGAGAAAUUAGGUUUUGGUCCAAAUUUCAUGAUCAUAAGAGAGAUUGAAGAUUUUUUAAUUUGUUUUGAUUUUACAAGAGAGAGAUUUGGACCACGUCUGCCUCUUCCGUUUCACUCUUAUGUCGAAGAAACUGUAACCCUCUCUUGUGUUAGAGACGAACAGCUCGCUGUGCUAUACCAGCGGUUGCAUCCAAUUACAUUGGAGAUUUGGGUUAAGACUAAGAUUGAGCCAGAUGCGGUGUCAUGGAGCAAAUUUUUGAACGUGGAUAUGAGACCACUCACUGGCUUCCAGUUUGACGUUGAAGCUGGGAGCUUCUUCAUUGACGAGAAGGAGAAAGUCGUUGUGGUUUUCGAUGUAAAGGAAAAAUACCUCCAACCCACCAAGACCUUUGAGUACCACCAUACAGCUUUCAUCAUUGGAGAUGAUGGGUACUAUAAAUCCGUGAGUCUCCGAGAAUCUCCAGAUUUCGGGAAGCCUGACAAGACGGGGCAGUUUCCUUAUCCACCACUUGUGUGCUCUUUGUCUUAUCGUCCAAGUUUAGUGCAAAUCAACCUACCGGGCACAAGAAAAGAAACAGAUGAUUAA